CAGAUUUAAGUUUAUUUAUCAAUUUUGGCGGUUAUUCAUAUCCUCGGGGCACUUUAACCUGACGGGUGAUAAACGAACUAACACAUAUACAGAUACAAACAGCAUUGUAAUCAAUAAUCACCAUAAAAAAUAGACAAAGUACAGCAUAAAUACUUUAUUGGAUAACAAGAAUAAACCAAACUCAAAGCCGUGAACGCUAAAUGUCUGUGAUUGGUUAAAACAACCGCUGCCGCCCUUUUUUUCUGCUCGGAAAGAGAAAGAAAGAGAAAAGACGGAGGAAAAUUGUGACACGCGUGAUGUUUUGGUGUUUACUUCAAUAACAAACUCAGCAAAACCCCUGGCCUUGCAGAAAGACACAAUUCAUUUGUCAGGAAGUUCUGUUUCAAAGGUGUACUGGGACGUUUUGUGCAACGUUGAUCAUUGGAAAAUAAGAACAAUACAGAAUGAGAGGAAAAUUCAGCGGCUUUUUGCUUCUGCCACAAAUCUUAUUCAUUAUACUGUUUGGCGUGUUUGUUGAAUAUGAUACGGUAGCUGGACCAAGGAAUGCAUCAUCAACAGCUGGAAUUGAAGAGUUUGAUAAUCUGUAUCCAAUGUUCCAAGAUGUUCAUGUGAUGAUAUUCAUUGGGUUCGGAUUCUUGAUGACAUUCCUGAAGAGGUACGGCUUCGGAUCGGUUGGUUUCAACUUCAUGCUUGCUGCGUUUGUCAUCCAAUGGACGAUUCUGAUGCGAGGAUGUUUGGACCUUGAGGAUAUUAAAGAUGGGAAGAUCAACAUCAGCCUUGAAAGUUUCUUAAAUGCUGACUUUGCAUGCGGUGCUGUCCUUAUUUCAUUUGGAGCUGUGUUAGGUGUGCUAGGUCCAAUCCAACUUAUAGUGAUGGCUGUAUUAGAAGUUGUGUUUUACUCCGUCAAUGAAUUUGUUAUCGCUCAUAAGUUCCAGAUAAGCGACAUUGGGGGGUCAAUGGUCAUUCAUACAUUUGGAGCUUAUUUUGGGUUGGCUGUUUCACUCAUGCAUUGGAAACCUGAGUUUAAGAAUUCUCAUCCCAAGGAAGAAUCUGUUUACCAUGCCGAUAUAUUUGCAAUGAUAGGCACCUUAUUUCUGUGGUUGUUCUGGCCAAGUUUCAACGGAGCACCAGCAGCGGGGUCAAUAAUCGGUGAACGUGCCGUCAUAAAUACUGUGUUCUCAUUGGCUGCUGCUGGUGUGUGUGGAUUCGCUAUGUCAUCCAUUGUGGAUAAAUCAGGAAAGAUUUCUAUGGUUCAUGUUCAAAACGCGACACUUGCCGGUGGAGUUGCCGCGGGUGCCGUUGCCAACUUAAAGUUAGGACCUCUUGGUGCCAUAAUAAUCGGAAGUGCUUCAGGAUUGUUGUCCGUGGCUGGUUAUGCUUAUAUAACACCAGCUAUCCAGAAACACAUGAAGAUACACGACACAUGUGGAGUGCAUAACCUGCAUGGUAUGCCUGGUGUAUUGUCAGGUUUCGCUGCCGUUGUAUUCGCUAAGCUGACGACUGCUACUACGUAUACUGACAUUGAGCUUGCAGCCAUCUACCCUGGCAGAGUGAAUAACUUAGACUUCCAACAACAAGCCAACUUACAACUAGCAGGGUUGGCUGUCACAUUAGGCAUCGCAAUAUUUGGUGGGAUAUUCACUGGGUUGUUGCUUAAACUUCCUUUCCUGGAAGGCUUGAAAUAUAACGACCUGUUUGAAGAUUCUCUUUUCUGGAACCUUGAAGAUGAUGUUGAAAUAAUCAAAGAAGUUCCGUUGAAGAAAAUAAAACAGGAAUCGACAAAGAAAGCUCUCGUUGAACAAACUUCUGAUAAUAACGAUCAAGUUGUGGAGGAAGUUCAAACUUCAUCUACAUGAUUGUGAUGUCAUCUUGAUGUCUUUAUCUAUGUGAUUAUGAUGUCAAACAGGAUUUUCAGAAAAAAAACACAAUUUUAUAUUUACCACCUCGAUUCUAUACUAAAACAUGUCUGUUAAAAUAUGUGCACAGUGACUUUUCCAACGCCCCUGAAGAGCAUUGGUGUGGAACUUUUAUCAUUGGAUUAAUAGACGCUAAACCAAUGCAUUAAUCAGUAAACAUUCCAACCAAUCACAGAAAUGAGUGUCUAAACAUCCUUGCCUCCCCUUGUAUUUUAAAAGUUUUGUGCCUAUAAGUAUAAUUUCAGAUUUUAACCACAAACGACAUGUUUAUAAAACAUAAGUCAUGUACCAGUAUAUAAUUCACUUGUGAUCUUCACAAGAGAUCCAAGUCACCUUCAAUAAAUAUAGUACGGUAGCUCUCUACAUGAUAUCAUGCAGGAAUAACAAACAACAUUAUAAUGUGCAGGAUUGCACCUAAGAAAGUUUAAUAUUUUAUAAGUAUUAUGCACUAAAACUAUUAAAUUGUGCCUUCUUGAAUGUUGUAUUUGCUUCCAAGCACUAAAACAUGCCAUAGCUAUGUGUUGUAUUGCCCAAAUAUAUUGUAUAAAAACCUUUGUUUAACCUUCUUUUGCUAAUAAUUAUUGCAGCCUUCAGUAAUUGACCUAAUAUUACUUACUGCUGACUAACAAAGUAAUGUAAACGCAUAUAUGUGUAUUUGGUAACUUACAUAAAGAAACCUAUUUUUUCCCCAAUUUUUAUUUGUAUGCUUAAAAACUGCCUAACUAAAUGUGUUUUAAUAUUACAAAUUUUACAAUACAUCUAUUCCUAACUCAAUCUUUAAGGGCCUUUUACUUGUCGUGAUAAUUUAUCAUAAUUUGUAAGCAAUCUCACAAAUAAAUGCUUUUACUAGAA